AUGAGCACUGAUGGAUGUGAUCAUGGAUUGUUGCUUAUAUAUCUCAAAGACACACAACAGAUUGCCACUUAUCGAGGCGGUGACUCAUUUUUGGUAUUGACUGAUGGGGAUACGAGGAAAAUUCACGAGUUGGCGAGUAAAAGUACGGAUGGUGGAGAAGCUGUGGCGUUGCAGUAUCUCUUGCAGAACUACAAAGAUGUGGCUGAGCCGAGUGUGACAAGAGCGGAUUCGUGGAUGCCAAUCAUCGGUCUAAUUGCGGCGUUGUUGAUUUUCUUGUUGAUACUCGCCAUUUUGAUUGCACUUUUCCUAUCGAGAUUUUGCUGUUGCUGCUAUAAAAAUAAAAAGGAGGUCUAUCAAGUGAACACAAUUCCCACCUACAAAACGAUUGAACCGCUUUAUGUCGCUGCUCCAAACGAGCGCUUCCCGAUGCAUGCAAAUGAUACAAUCUACAGUACUCCUUAUUCGGGAUCUCCACUACCGUACCCACCACCACCUGGUGCCUCAAGACCAAUCACCCCAGCAUCAACUGUUCGCACAACUCGUGUCGUGCCAUCGGGUUUCAAUAAGCAAAACCUUUCCGAUCCCCCAUCACCGAGAACCCAGCGCCGACGUGAUAGAGGAGAAAUCGCUGAGAAAAGGUCAACACGAGUUCUCGAAUCUCCGCAAAGUCAACCAUCUCCAAUCAGUCCAUCCGAUCCACCGUCAACGAAAGCACUCCGACGAAUCGAUCGAGGAGAAUAUGCUACGAAACCGCUCUCCACUACAUCACCAAAUCGGAUCGAUAGUCACAGUUUGACAACCGAUGUUAAACCUGUCGCUACUUUGGCAAAGAAUAGCCCGGAGGCUCAAAGAAGAGAAUCGUCUGUGGCCGGAGAAUCGGCGACGUAUGUUCUGCCACCGGAUGGAUCAAUCUAUUCAUCAAGCACCCUACCACAUCCACAUCAUAGAGAUGCUUAUUUACCGCCGAUCAAUGAGGCUUAUGGCACAAUCCCACGUCCCUGGAUAUCCCCGCCAUCUCGAGGACGAGCGAAGUCACUCUCAACGGAUUCGGAUUUAGCCGAACGUAUGGAAUGUCUCAGUGUUUCGAGCACAUCCGACGGAACAACGACUUAUUCUACAACUGAAGAGGAGGUGCUCAGUGUUGUCUCGGAAUCUGAGUUCAAGUCAAGCAAUUCUCAACUCGAUUUGCUCUCGCAAGGCGAAGCUGCCGACCCAUUUGCUCCAAUUGUGUACGCAGAGAAGAUUCAUCCACGGAUUGAGCCAGCUAACCGAACUGGAAUGGAAGUGGUGAAGCUUGUAACAAACAUCUUUCCAAUUCGUACCGAUCCAAAUCGUGAGGUCUACCGCUACGACGUGAGUGCUGACUUGGUGACGGGCGUUGAAACAAGAAACAGGAAUGGAGGAGUGAUCUCAAUGAAUCGAGGACCAAAGGAUGAUACGCUGAUGACUCGUCGUUCGGAAGCAGUUCGUGCCGCUCUCAAAGCGGCUUUGGAGGCUUAUCGUAUUCUCAGCGAAACUGGUGUUACAGUCUUCGAUGGAACUACUAUCCUUUUUUCAAACGAAGAUCUCGCUAUGGCUCUGAAACCGCAUAACGGCACUCUCACUCUGCCUGAGAAGCAAAGGGAAAUUCGAAUCACGAUUCGCCCUUGCACUGAUUCAGCUCAUCACUUCACUAUUGGAGAUGCGGAAGCGAAGAUUGCCAACGGAGAAAGCGCCGAGUACAAGGAAACCACGCCAGAUGCUCGAUUAGUGGCGGCCCUUGUAUUGGAUGCGAAGAUUGGAACUUUUUACAAGGCGAACGGACUUGUUGAAACAAUUGCUCAACUGAACAGAUGGGAAGGUGUUCAUCAAGUUCAAUGGGAUCCGGCUGCAAUCAAAAGGACAAACACUUAUUUGCGCGGUCUACAGAAGGCCAGAAAACCCGAUGAUCGUUGGAAUCUGAUCAAAAACCAUCUCGACGAGCUUGAUCUUUCAAGGAACUCUCCAAUUAUGGCUGGAUUUGGCAUCUCUGUUGAUUCGGAAGCCUUUGCAGGUUACUGGCUUCCGUCGGCCUGCUCCGAAAGUUCAAAUAUGGCGAAUCGAGAUCCGGAGAAGAAACUUACACCGAGGGCGCUGUUGUGGACAAGCUUUACAUUGCAUGGAAUGAAAACCCACGAGUUCUACCACAAAUUCAAGCAUUUGUCGAGCGCUUCAAGAUCGAAGCGGACCACAAAAGGAAUAACAAUUCGCUCACUUGAAGUCGAAAAUGCGCCAACAAAUCUUGACGAUGAAGUUCGAACUGGAAAUCUAUUUGCCAAGGCAAAGAAUCAGCGCAAAAUCCUCGGUGCAAAAGCUACGAUCAUGAUCAUCUACAUUUCAAACAAGUUCGUUGAUCCUGCUGGCCGAAUUCCAGAAACGAGGUCUCAUGGGCUCCUGAAAUUCUUGGAAGCGAAACAUCAAAUUGUGACGCAACAUCUGGCAACGGAUACUAUCCUCGGCAAAAAGCAAUACGACAACUCAAUUAAGCCGAUGGAUAAUGCGACUAUGGAGAAUCAUUCUCAGCAAGUUCAGAUU